AUGGCUGGCAAAAAAAGGAAGGCCUCCGGGCAAAGUGUCAAAAGUCGCACGCAAGAUUUCGACAAGUCCAAAGGAAAAGUAGCCUUCACAACAUAUGAAGAUAUCGCCGACUCCGAGGAUGAAUUCCACAUCAACAGAGAUAAAGUUAUGUUGGAUGAUGAACCAAACGCUAAGCGCCAGAGGAAAUCGAAUUAUGACGAUGAAUUAGUCGAGUUGUCGGACGAAGAGGUAUUAGGGUACUCCGACGAGAGUUCUGAAGAAGAAGAAGAAGAAGAAUACGAGGCGCCGAAAUCGAAGAAAUCAAAAGCUCAAGAAAACGAUGAGGCGGAUGCGGAAGAGGAAGACGAAUAUGCUGAGGGAUGGGGAUCUUCGAAGCGCGAUUACUAUGAUGCGGAUAACAUCGAAACGGAAGCCGACGCCCUGAUGGAAGAAGAGGAGGCUAAACGAUUACAACAAAAGAGGCUUUCGAAAUUGACCAAAGCUUCUUUCGGUCUCGAUGAACUUGACAUCAAAUGGCUCCCUGCGAGUGAUGACGAGGAAGGCCUGGGGGGUGCUCUUAAAAAGGGCAAGGGAGGCAACAAAGAGGCAGAUGAUGAUUAUGAAGAGGGAGAUGUGGUAACAGAGGUUUUGAAAGAUAUUGAGAUCACAGAAGACAUGGGCCCGGAAGAAAGGUUGAGGAUACUAUAUUCGAGAUAUCCAGAAUUCGAGUUCCUAGCAGACGAAUUUUUAGAACUGGCACCUGUUCUUCAAGAUUUAUUGAAGGAAGUAGACCAGUUGCCUGAGUAUGAAAUCGACGCGAUACCUUUUACAGUCACAAAAGCCAGAGCUUUAGCAGCUUACACAUCUACUAUCGCCAUGUACUUUUCGCUUUUGACCUCUCCAUCACAGUCUCCUGAAGGAGAGGGAAAGACUAUGAAUCCACAAGAAUUGCGAGAUCAUGAGAUUAUGGAUUAUUUAAAGUCAACUCGAGAGUUAUGGUUAAGGGUCAAGUCAAUUGACGUCACAAAGUUGAAGGGAGAUUCGGAAGAUGCAAACGAAAAUAUAUCUAUGGAUGACGUGGAGGAUACACUCACAUCAGAAGAGGAGAUGGAGACAAUUCGACCAACGAAGAAAUCCAGAAAGGAACUGGCCCGCGCUGCUGCUGCUGAAAAGGCGGCCGCAAAACGUAGCAAACAGAUACAGGAAGCAGAGGAAGACUUGGCAGGUCUUGAUGAUCUCGUAUCUAAAGCCAAGAAGUCAAAGAAGGUAUCGAGAGUUGUUGUUGAGGCAGAUGAUGAUUCCGAUUUCGGCGAAGAAGAAUCUAUGGAUGCCAAGGCUGCGGAGGAGAAGGCUAAAAGAAAGAAGUCACUCAAGUUCUACACAUCUCAAAUUGCCCAGAAAGCGAAUAAAAGACUUGACGCAGGAAGGGGAGCCGGUGGUGACGAGGAUCUACCCUAUAGAGAACGGCUUAGAGAUCGCCAGGCACGACUCAACCUUGAGGCCGAGAAGCGUGGAAAGAAAUUGGAUGAAUACGGAAGAGGUACGGCUCUGGGUGGAGAGAGCGACGACGACGAUCAAGAAGCUGUUGCUGGCGAAGUUCGAGGCGAUGAAGACGAGUACUAUGACAUGGUUGCACAGACAUCAAAGAAACGCAAGGAUGACAAAGAGGCAAAGUAUGCCGCAAUUUCUGAAGCGAAGAAGGCCGGAAAAUUGGCAAGAGUAGUAGAAGUGGAGAAUGACGAAGAUGGCAAGAGAGCUAUCGGAUAUGUGAUUGAGAAGAAUAAGGGAUUGGCGCCAAAGAGAAAGAAGGAGGUCAGAAACCCAAGAGUGAAGAAGAGGAUGAAGUAUGACGAGAAGAAGAAGAAGCUGGGCAGUAUGAAAGCUGUGUACAAGGGUGGAGAAGAAAGAGGUGGUUAUGGUGGUGAGAAAACUGGUAUUAAGACUGGUUUGGUUAAGAUCUUACCUUCAAGAUUAGCAAAGCGUGGUACCAAAAUGACUAGACCCCUUGGCAGGUGGGAGAUUGGUGAUCUCACAAUCGAUACCUCGGAUUACAAGGGGUGGCCAGGACAAUGUGAUCGCGAUUCUGUUAAUUGUACCAAAACUUCCUCCCCAGUUCACUCUUCGAAUCGCAGAGAUUUAACGCAAUGUGGUAAAAAUGCUCCGCAGGGGAGUCAAACCACAUCCGCCUAUUGCAUCAACGCCGACCCCAUCAACGGCAACGCACCAUGCCAACACGGCUACGGGGCCUGCGGCCCAAUAAACUUCCCCAACUGCGGUCCGGGCAGCACAACCGCCAGCAACGGGCGCAAAGUAUCCUACUGGCAAAUCGGCAGUGCGACGCGUUCCUGUAAUGCGCUCCCCAUUUCUCUUAUCUCCACUCAAAAUAUCACGCAUCUGAUCUUCGCCUUCAUGUCUAUUUCUCCCAAUACUUUCCACGUGGUUCCUUUCGAUACCACGGCUAUACCUCUCAUGUAUCCCUUUACUGCUCUCGCUUCUGCGACUUUGGCGACGUACAUGGCUAUUGGGGGCGGUGGAUCGAGUGUCUUGCCGCCGAUUUGGAGUCAGAUGGUGUCGAAUCAGGGGAAUCGAGCGGCGUUUAUUAGUAGUGUGGAGGGAUGGUUGAGUACGUUUAAUUUCCAGGGGGUAGAUUUGGAUUGGGAGUUUCCGAGUAGUAAUAGUGAUCGAGAUGGGUUUGUGGCGUUGGUGAGAGAGAUGAAGGAGAGUUUCACAGCGAAUCACCCGGGGAAAAAUUGGGGGAUUAGUGUUGUUUUACCACCAGAUAUCUCCUCCCUCCAAUUCUUCGACCCCAUAAACCUAGAACCCUACACCACCUUCUUCAACUUCAUGUCCUACGACCUGCACGGCCCAUGGGAAGCCUCCAACCCCUCCCUCGGCGCCUUUGUGCGUCCACAAACCUCUCUGCCAGAUAUCACAGCCGCAAUCUCUCCUCUCUGGUUCGCAGGCGUCGAUCCCAUGAAACUGAAUCUCGGACUUGCCGCCUACGGACGUGGCUACACGCUUGCGAAUCCGGCGUGUGCGGAUAUCGGGUGUGCGUAUAUAGGGCCUAAUGAGCCCGGUCCGUGUAGUACCGAAGCCGGAAUUCUGAGUAUGAGGGAGAUUGAGGUGUUGGUGCAGAGAGAGGGAUUGAAAGCCACGUGGGUGGGAGCGAGUGCGGCGGAGGAGGGGGAGACGGGGGUGAAGCAGAUUGUGUUUGGAGGGGGAAGCAGUGGAUGGGGUAUGAUGAUGAGGAGAGUUGGGGGGUGA